AUGUGGCUUCGAGCUUCACAAAAGGGCAUAGAAUUCCUUGUGACAUUCAAAAACGGGAAUAAGGUGUCAAAAACAGAGCCUGAAUUCAUUAACAUAGGGGAUAGUGGCUAUAGUUUGACAAUCAAAAGCUUUCAGAAGAAAAGAGACAGUGGUAGCUACAACUGUGCUACAUACAAUGCCAACACACUGACCUUUGGAAAUGCUCAGCGCCUUGAAGGAAUACCAGAAAAAAAUCCAACAAAAAAGCCUGAGACCCGUGCGCCAACCACCUGCAAGCCCUCUACUGUUGCUGCUGUUAGUACUACUCCUGCGCCAUGUGUGUGCCCUGAAGGGUCCAAGCGUGAAGAGAAGAGGUGCGAGCUGCUGAUCUGGGCUCCGCUAGCUGGGGGCUGCGGCCUUCUCCUGAUACUCCUCAUCACCGUCUCCAUCAUCUGCAACCAGGUCCGCACCAGGCGAUGCCCUCAUCAUUACAAAAGACAACCCAGGACUGCAGGAGGGAUGUCGCAUCCCGGGGCCGCUCGUUAUGUUUAACAGGUGCCAUUGUACGAUGCAGAUGCAACGGGUCUGGCCGAACCCCCCUGAUCUAUUUGGAAGCAGGUGCAAGUGCUUUUCACAUCACAUGCAUGGCUCUGCUUCUGCUUGGGCACAUGCAUACACACCUUUAUCUUUUGUGAAGCUCUUAUUUGCAAGUCUGUAGAUAUGCUAGGUACAUUUUGCUUUGAUGGGCCUGUGUGGCAGCUCAAAAACAAAAACAAUCACUUUUCAUCAUGACAUUAUUGCACACAUGCACAUUGCACACUUGUGAUGGGUAAAACACGGUCUUUUUUGUGCAUUUCGUUCAGGCAAUAUAUUUUUUUUCCAUUGCUACAAUAAAGAAAAAAAAAUGUGCAGCAGCUGCCCAUUAGCCAACCUAAAUGAUGUACUGCUUGACAAUAUUUUU